AUGGACGCUGCCGCCGCCGCCGUCGCUCGAAAAGAGGAAGAGGAAGAGGAAGAAGAAGAACAAGAAGAAGAAAGUCUAGAGCAGAGAUCGCUGCGCCAAUUCGACGCGCUCGUCGAGCGGGGACAGCUUCUCUGGCGGGACACCACGCCCCAACUCAUCGCCGGCGAGCCGUUCAACGCAAGUUUUCUUUCGCACCUGUUCUGCUUCCCUUGUCACAUCACAUCAGCUGACCACCGAAAGCUAAGAUCACCACGUGUUGAAUUCCCGCAUACUGACGCAUCCCCAUGCACGCAGUUCCAAUUCCGGUCCGCGGCAAGCCUGACCGCCAAACCCAUCCUCCCGCGCGACGACCCCGCGCGCAGCAAGCCCACCACCAACCCCUUUGCCGACGAGGACCCCGAUUUCCUCCUCGCGCGCCUGGGCCCCGGCCCCGGCCCCGGCCCCAGCCCCAGCCACAGCCACAGCCCCAGCCACAGCCUCAUCCUCAACAAGUACUGCGUCGUGCGCCCGCAGUACCUGCUGCACACCAACGACUUUGUCCCGCAGGCGGAUCCGCUGACGGAGGCCGACCUAGGCUGCGCGUGGGACGUGCUGCAGCGGCUGGAGAGCGGUCGCAGCACUGGCACUGGCACUGGGACAGGCAGCCGCAGGUAUCUAGUCAUCUACAACUGCGGCUUCGAGGCCGGCAGCAGUCUCGGCCACAAGCACCUCCAGAUCCUGCCGGCCCCGCCGCGGGAGGAGUUCGACUUCUUUCCCGACGCGCUGGGCAUCGAUGACGGUACAGGCUCCCCCCCCUCCCUCUCUCUCCCCGCCUCACCCUCACCCUCACCCUCAUCCACCACCACCACCACCACCGCCGCCGCGGCCGCCGCACUCCUCGCCGCGACGUACGCCCAGCUGCUCCGCCGGGCCCGCGUCGCCCAGGCGGCCGGCCACAACGUCCUGCUGGUGCGGGAGUGGAUGCUGGUCAUCCCGCGAUCGCGGGGCCGCAAGGGCAUCUUGUCCGCGAACGCGGCCGCCAUGGCCGGCAUGGUGUGGGUCACCGGCCCGGAGGAGGUGAGGCUGUGGCAGGAGGAGGGACCGAUGAACUUGCUCUGCGAGUUUGGGGUGGCGGUCGAGGAGGACGCCGAGGGGGGCCACAACCACCACUCGUGA